CACUAUAACCAAGAAAUGCCUGAUCUAAACUGCACCUACAGACCACCACCAGUGAAGUGCAAUGGAUUUGAUCCCAGGGCUUUCCGCUGGGCUCAGACCAUGAGGCUGGCAGUGGAGGAGAUAAACCAGAGUCCAGAGCUGCUGCCCAAUUACACCCUGGGGUACAAAAUCUUUGAUUCAUGUGCAUAUCCACUGACCGGCCAGAGGGCUGCUCUGGCUGUGUUGAACGGACUGAGUGAGGAUGAAUCUCCCAUGUGCAGCAGCUCAUCUCCACUCCUUGCUAUGAUCGGAGAGUCUGGUUCUGCUCAGUCCAUCGUGGUGUCAAGAAUCCUGCAGCCAUUCAGAAUCCCGAUGAUCAGUUACUUUUCUUCGUGUGCAUGUUUAACAGACAGAAGAAAAUAUCCAACAUUUUUCAGAGUAAUCCCCAAUGAUGACUACCAGGUAAAGGCCAUCGCUCAGCUGUUGGUGCGCUUCAACUGGACCUGGGUGGGGCUGGUGCGAGGCGACCAUGAAUACGGCCGCUUCGCUGUGCAGGGUUUACUGAGGGAAUUACAGGGGACUAAAGUGUGUGUGGCGUACCAAGAAAUGAUCCCUCUGCUCUACAAUCAGCAGAGGGCCCUGGAGAUCAUGCAGCUGAUGCGAAGCUCUUUGGCAAAAGUGGUGGUUGUAUUUUCAGCUGAGGGGGAAAUGACACCUUUCCUGAGAGACUACAUGGCACAAAACAUCACUGGGAUCCAGUGGGUGGCCAGCGAGGCCUGGGUCACAGCAUCUGUCUUCACGGGCAGCGAGUAUUACCCCUACCUGGGAGGCACCAUUGGGUUCGGCAUCAGGAAAGGUCACAUCUCCAGACUCAGCGAUUAUCUGCAGACAGUAAACCCUCAGAAAUAUCCCAACAAUCCUCUGGUGCAGGAGCUGUGGGAGGCUCUGUACGGCUGCAGUCCUUCUCUGUCUUCUGCCUCCCAGAUCCCGCUUUGUUCGGGGCAGGAGUCACUGUUGGAGCAGCAUUCGGCCUACAUGAAUACAUCCAGCCCCAGAGUGGCCUAUAAUGCCUAUAAAGCUGUCUAUGCAGUUGCUCAUUCCCUGCACAACCUUCUUCGCUGUCAACCAGGAAGUGGACCUUUUGAAAACAGCUCAUGUGCUCAAACCAACAGUGUUUCCCCCUGGCAGCUGCAGCAUUACCUCCAGGAAGUCAAAUUUACAAUUGCCGGGGAGGAGGUGAACUUUGACUUGAAGGGCGACUCCAUACCUUAUUAUGAUGUCAUCAACUGGCAAAGAGGCACAAGCGGGAACAUUGACUUUAUCAACGUGGGGUUGUUUGAUGGAACCAAACCUGCUGGAGACGAGCUGGUGAUCGAGGACGACAGGAUAAUGUGGGCAGGGCAUCAGAGUGAGGUGCCGGUGUCUGUGUGCAGUGCCAGCUGUCCUUCAGGGUCCAGGAAGGCUGUCCGUCGUGGGGAGCCUGUCUGCUGCUUUGACUGUGUACCAUGUGACAGUGGCAAAAUUAGCAAUGAGACAAAUUCAAUAGAAUGCACAUUUUGUCCAGAGAACUUCUGGUCAAACGAAGACAGAACAUCCUGCAUCCCCAAGAAGGUGGAGUUCUUGGCCUAUGAUUCUUUGGGUAUCACCCUGACGGUGAUCUCUGCAGUGGGUGCCUGCUUCACUAUAGCUGUUUUUGCAGUUUUUUUCCACCACAGAAACACAGCCAUCGUCCGAGUUAAUAACUCCGAACUAAGCUUCUUCAUCCUCUUUGCUCUGAUGCUGUGUUUCCUCUGUUCUCUGGUCUUCAUUGGAGAGCCAACAGUCUGGUCCUGCAUGCUCCGCCACACUGCCUUCAGCAUCACAUUUUCACUUUGUAUCUCUUGCAUUCUGGGGAAGACUUUGGUAGUUUUGGCUGCUUUUACUGCCACCAGGCCAGGCAACAAUAUCAUGAAGUGGCUCGGUCCCAAGCAGCAGAGGACCAUUAUCUUCAGCUGCACUCUGUUUCAUGUAGUCAUCUGUGCCGCCUGGCUAAUUGAUGCUCCCCCUUAUCCAUCCCGGAAUACUAAAUAUGAGCGCUCAAAGAUCAUACUGGAGUGCAGUGUAGGAUCUAGUCUUGCAUUCUGGUGUGUUCUGGGAUAUAUUGGUCUGCAGGCUUGUCUCUGCUUUGUGCUGGCGUUUCUGGCCCGGAAGUUGCCAGGCAACUUCAAUGAGGCCAAGUUCAUCACUUUUAGCAUGCUGAUCUUCUGCGCUGUGUGGCUGGCAUUCAUCCCCGCUUACAUCAGCUCGCCUGGAAAUUACGCAGACGCAGUGGAGUCGUUUGCUAUUCUGGCCUCCAGCUUUGGCCUGUUGUUCUGCCUGUUUGCUCCAAAGUGUUACAUUAUUUUACUAAAACCAGAAAAAAAUACAAAACAGCACCUAAUGGGAAAAGAAAAGAAAUAGCAUGUCAUAGGUUUACCUUUAGAAAAAUAUCUGGAAUUUCUAUUUAAUGUUCAAUAUUGCAUCUUCACAAAUGCUUAUUUAUUUUAGAUUUGUACUGGCUGUGCAGUGACAUGCAGGUAACUGAUGUUACACCACAGUAGUUUUAUUACAGUGUACCUUGAAAUAUUUAUGAGCAAUUAAAAGUAGU